AUGUCUGAGGCUACCGUCCAGCAGAUGAUAUCGUCCUUCAUACGGCAGACUCGACCAUGCUUCCGCGGUGGCAAAGCCUUCCGAUGUCAUCGGCGACUCCUCUCCACCGCUGCUGAAGUACGCCAGACCGAAGUUACGGAACCUCCUCCACGGUGGCAGCCUCACACUGUCCCAGGCGAUCAACCUCGAGCGCCGCCCACCCGCCUCCAGAGGCUGCGCAACGAACCUGAGCCUCGGCAGUUCUCUUCCUUUCUCACAGAUAACUAUGCUCGCGAGCAUAAUUACCUGCGCAUAUCUGUGACGGAGCGCUGCAAUCUACGAUGCACCUACUGCAUGCCCGAGGAGGGCGUUCAGCUCUCGCCACCGGCCCAUCUUUUGACCACUCCUGAAAUCGUAUACCUGUCCUCCGUCUUCGUUGACCAAGGCGUGGAUAAGAUUCGCCUGACUGGCGGAGAGCCUACGGUGAGAAAAGACAUCGUGAAUCUGAUGCAGCAGAUUGGUCAGUUGAGAAACAACGGACUCAAAGAGCUAUGUCUGACCACCAACGGCAUCUCCUUAUACCGUAAGCUGGAUGCGAUGGUGGAUUCCGGCCUGACGGCUGUGAACCUCAGCUUGGAUACUUUGUCUGAAGGACUAUUUGCAAUCAUGACCCGGCGAAAUGGCCAUAGCGCUGUGAUGAAAUCCAUGAACCGCAUUCUUGAGAUGAACAAGAUGGGCGCUGGGAUCAAGCUCAAGAUCAAUUGCGUCGUUAUGCGUGGGAUCAACGAGCGCGAGAUCAUCCCCUUUGUUGAAAUGGGCAAAGAGCAAGACCUUGAAGUGCGCUUCAUCGAGUAUAUGCCCUUUGACGGAAAUAAGUGGUCGGAGAGAAAGAUGCUCCCCUAUCAGGAAAUGCUUGCCAUUAUCCGGGAGAAGUAUCCAUCCGUGGGUAAAGCCACGGGCCACCCAAACGACACAAGCAAGACGUACAAAGUUCCUGGUUUUGUUGGUCGCAUCGGCUUCAUCACGAGUAUGACGGAUAAUUUCUGUGGCACCUGCAACCGUCUGCGCAUAACUAGCGACGGCAACCUCAAAGUCUGCCUCUUUGGCAAUGCUGAAGUCUCAUUGCGUGAUAUCCUCCGCGAAUCUAACAACGGCGAACCGAUUGAUCAAGAAGCCAUGGAGGCGAUCAAGCAGGUUGAAAUGGACCGACGGCAAGGUCUGUCCAGCAGCACAGGCGCUCUUGGCGUCUCGCGGCGUGAAGCGAAACUACUCGACGUCAUCGGCAUGGCGGUCAAGAGGAAGAAAGAGAAACACGCUGGCAUGGGUGAGCUCGAACAUAUGGAAAACAGGCCUAUGAUUUUGAUUGGUGGGUGA